AUGGCGGCGAAUUUCUGGACGUCCUCUCACAGGUAGGUAGCUCUUCUUCUGCAGAGAUUGACGUAGCUUUGAUCUGCCUUUCCCCUUGUCUCCUGCGUCUGUCUCUCAUUCUCUUCCUCUUUGUUGUUGUUGUUGUUGUUGUUGUUAUUCUUCCAUUUGUAAACGUAUGGAUGGCGCAGCAAGCUGCUUCUCGAUCAAGACGAGGUUGACAUGGUGCCGUCUAUGGACAAGGAGAAGGGCCUCACCUUGGAGGACUUCAAGCUCAUCAAGAUCCAUAUGACCAACUGUAACCCUCCAUAUCCUAAUGGCCCCCGAUCCUCGUCGGCGGAUUUUCUCCGUCUUGCGUCUAUCUAGGGUUUCCCUGUUUCAUUCACACGGGCCAUCUUUUUCUGCGCGUGAGGAAGUUUGAAAUUACUUAAAAAUUGGGAUUAACUGGCUUCGGAGAUUGAGGGUUUUUCUUUUAAUGGUCGGAAAUAUCUUACCUAUCUGGAAUGGGUCGGGUCGCCCUGUGCAUUGGUCUGUCAUGUGUUCUCGGUGCUCGGAGAAUGGAUACUGAGUCGGCCCUUAUGAAAUAGGAGGGGCAUCCGAGACAGGAACACCGAGAGAUGUGCUUAUUUAAUUGGAAAAUCAUCUAGAUUGCCCGAACGUAAAUUCACUUGAAAUUCUUCGAUUUUUUUUCUAAAAACUUGAACCGAGUUAAAUGAUGCAUAUUGCAGACAGUUUUGUACAAUUACUGAUUUACCGAACGGGAUACCUUUAAUGGGUAUAUUUAGUGGUUUGGUUCAUUGAGGUGAUCCUCAAUUCUCAACUAGAUUCUAACUUAUCUCGUCAGCAUGUCUACACGUUGACAUGACUAUGUAGCAUAUCUUGAGUGAAAUGCUCCAGCUUGUUGCAGCAUUCAUCUGUAUAACUUUGAAGCACUUAAAAUCGUGUUUCAUCUGAUCUAGAAUAGGGAGUGCUAGCUAAAUAUUAUUGCUAUUAUAAAUUUCAAUUGGGAUCAAUAGUGUUCUUUCAGGGGUACAUCAGACUAGGUUUUGUUUUUAUAUGAUUAUGCAACUAUUAUUCAACACCACCAUUGUAGCGCCUCUGAGAGAUGCUAGAAAGUUUCCCUUACGCUUCUAAAGUUCCUUCUAAAGAUUCAACACCACCAUUGUAGCGCCUCUAAGGGAACGAUAAUAUCACUCUUGCUGAAAAUGGGCUGAAGAUUCUUACUUUAACUUCCAGGCAUAUUACCCCUCACAUAGGAUCCACGUCUAUCUGUUUUCUCCCAUCUCAAGGUUUGCCAUACUUCAGUAGAUUGUUGAGCUGGUAUAGUUUCUGUCUAUCCCGGGGAUAAGCAUUCAAAGAUGCUCCUUUGUUCAAAACGGAUGCUCCUAUGUUGCCUACCAGAACUUUGCCUGAGUUACAUGACAAAGAGUUUUCCCAGGGUAGCUACGUAUUGGAAAAUUCUGAUUCUGUUAUUCACUCCACACAUACUGUGCCUCCUAAUUCUCAUCUAAAAUUUAUCGUCUAAAUUACUUGAGCUAAUCCUUACCUUAGAACUGGUGACCGGUGAUCUCUCUCUCUCUCUCUCUCUCUCUCUCUCUCUCUCUUUCUCUCUCUCUCUCUAUCUUUAGCUGAAUGUUCAGAAAAGUAGAUAACACAUAUUAAAUUGUCAGAAUGCAAAUAACUGAUGCCCUGUGUCACCGUAGUCACUUAUUAUCUUCUGUAUUGAAGCUGAAUAAGGGAUAAUUUGAAGGCACAUUGAUAAGUACAAGACUAUGCUAAAAGAAGACGUUUAGGUGAGAUAGAUCUAUAAUACCAGUUCACUCUGUACUUGUUCGCUUCUGAGUUAGGAGACGAAGGGGAACAAAAAGGCCUAUAUCUCGGUGUGACACCUAUCCAAAGAAAAAGAGAUAACUGAGGGAACUAAAAACUGUCGGUAGACUGAAACGAAAUCGUUUUCUAAUCUCCAUGUAACUGGACGCGAUAAAGUUGAUUUAUAUAUCGACUCAGAAUUAGAAAUGAGCAGAUGUUAUGAUUUCUUUGGGAUCAGAUAUACUUACCUAUCUUUGAUGAAUGUUCAUUGCAAAAAGUUUUAACCGUAGUACAGUUUGGCUAGAGGACGAUUUUUUGUUAUUACAUUCACCAUAACCAUUGUGAUCAGACAGAUUCCAUACCUUUAAGCUUAUCCAACAUUUUAAAUAUCUGAGUUACAAUGGAUGUCAAGUCUUGUCUCAAUUAUGAACUUAUGCUUGUUUUGAAAUGUUUGGUAACUAUUUCUAUAUUGCUGUUGUCGGUUUAAUUUAAUUCCUGUAAUUGUAGCCGAAAUAGAAAUUGAAAUCACAGAUACUGCAAAAAGCUUUUUGGCUUCAUAUCUUUAAAUCAGCAUACCUUCUGGAUGGUUCAUUAGAAUCAAUAAUAGUGAUUCAUUUGGCGCAAAUAUAUCUGGUGAUCCAUUCUUCCAAAUGGAUUAUCCAUAAUACUAUGGUAGGGAAUUAUAUUUCUUAUUGCUUGAUGAAAUAAAAAUAAACCUACUACUCGGAAUUAUGUGCUAGAAUUGAAAGAGUACAUUGAAUGAACUUGUAGGCCUCAUUAUGUGGCUUCAUAUUUAUACCUGUUAUUUAUUUAUUUUAUAAUAUAAUAUUCCAGUUCAUUUUUUAUCUAUAGUAACAUUUAAUGUGUUGUAUAAACCCUUCUUGGUAUGUUUUUUUUAUGAAUUCUUCGGUAUCUUUUCUGGGUCUCUUUGAAACAAAGUUUGGAAGAUUGACCUAUAUCUUGAGGCACUGCAGUCUCCUUGUGACAUCAAUAGCUAUUUCAAUAGUAAGAAGUUGGUCAGAUCUAUUGGAUUAUAAUUUUUUUACGAACCACUUCUUCGCUAUCUUCCAUAGUGAGUAGGUAUCUUUUCUGUGUCUUGCUAAUCAUUGCUCAUGUGUGAGGGAUGACACCCAGUAUUGAUGGUUUUCUGACAUGGUUUUUUUUCGCAUUCUCUGUGCAAAGAAGGUCCAUGUCUAUGUUUUACUAAUUUGAAAUAUGAUUGCAGAUAUAUGGAAACUCGCUCAACUCAUUAAAGUGAGGCAAAGGUUUGCACCUGAUUCCUCGGAUAUUAUCUCAUAGCAUUCAUAUAUUGAUAGGUCGCUUGAAAAACAACAAACUAAAUUCCUCAAUAUAUGAUUCUUUCAUUAACCAUGAUGGUGCACAUUUUUUCCUGGUUGUAAAUUUUUCUGUAUUGAUCUAUGUUUAGAAUGCCUUGCAAGUGUUGAGCCCAUGUUAGUUUUUAUCAUAUCAAAAAGGUCACUUAUUGAAUCCAAUUGUGCUUCUAAGGAGUCUGAGAAAAUCAGACAUUAAUGCUGUUUUUCUUUCAGGAAAACUAGGUUUUAACACAAAAUUGUAACGUAUUUUUCAAUGUUCCAGGGUUAUUGCAACCGCAGUUACUUAUUUCAGGCGUGUAUAUACAAGGUGCAAUGAACUUUCUCAUUCUUAAGGCAGGGCAUUUUUUCUCUACCGAGAUCAUUAUAUAAUGUAUAUGACAUAUGUAGUUCACUUCGUUAUAAUUUCGGAAUCUACUAUCUGCAAGCAGAAGCUUCUGUUGGUUUGAUUUGCUCGGAUGGAGUACUUAACUGCAUCGUUGAGUUUUAACGAAAUUUUAUGUGGAAAGAUUUUAUUGUUAGAUAAACAGAUACCUUUGAAGAUUAUUAUUCCCCGUCCAUCAAAAAAUCAGGACCUGACUGGGAAUAUUAUCAUGUACGGAGCGAAUAUUAUUUCUAUUAUGUUAAAAAUAGGUGCUAUUGCUCAUUUACUUAUCUUUCUAUUAUUCCAAGCAAUGAUAGUUUUCAGUCAUGAAUUCUAUGGGGUAUCAGAAAGGAUGAAUUUUACCUUUUUGCUACUCUUUGGCAUCUUCUUCACAUAUGGAGAGUUGGAUUUUCGACUUGACACCUGCACAUAUGCAUCCUUAUGUGCUAUAUUCCCGCAGAACCUUCAUCACACUGCAUUUGACCCAUCAAUUAUGUUAGUUUACCAAGUGGGGAGCACUUACUAAUCCAUAUUUCUCCCACCGAGUGCUUGAUAUGUAAUUUGUCUGAUUGUAGAAAGAGCAUGAGUGAAUAUGAUCCGCGUUUACUGGCUCCAACUUGCUUAUAUCUGGCAUCAAAAGCAGAAGAAAGCACCGUCCAGGCAAGACUGAUUGUGUUCUACAUAAAGAAGCAUAGUAAGUGUUAGUUUUCGCGAACGAACAUGUUUUAUUCUUCAAUUUGGUUGAGCAUCUCCCGAUGGUCAUUAUUUCAUUUCAUUGCUCAGUUGGUCUGGUUCGCUCUUCGAGCAGGUACAGAUGAAAAAUACCGCUUCGAGGUAAAGGACAUUCUUGAAAUGGAAAUGAAGCUUCUUGAAGCACUCGACUACUAUCUGAUUGUUUACCAUCCUUACCGUUCGUUGGCUCAGUACGUAUCUCAUUUCCUCCCUUUAUCUCAUGCUAUCGGUUUUUUUUUUGGCUUUAUAAUCUGAAGUCAGGUGCCAUACUGCCUGCCGAAUGACUAUAAAGCGGUCCUGGCUGUCGAUUGUACAUUGAGGUAGUCCUAAACUAAAAAUAGUCAGAAUCUGAUCCAGGGCCCCCAAAUGGUAGUAGUCCAAGUGACAAGAUUUGACUGAUUAGAUAGUUAUUGAGAUUUAUCAGAUAAGCUUUGUCUGAUAUAGUAGUCCAAGUGACAAGAUUUAACUCAUGAGAUAGUUAUCAGAUAAACUUAUUUGUUCUUCACCAGACUGAUAUCUUAUACUAGAAUUUGAUCCCCAUCUUAUACUAAAAUUUGACCAAUGGUUCAUGAGCAUCGAGGAUCAGUUGCCUUCAUCCGCCCCACUCAUGGUUCUUGGUCCUCAGGCCCUUUGAUUCAAGCCCGAAAGGAAAACAAGUCCAGUGUGGACCAGUCUAGUGGUGGUUACCCCGGUCUUAUUGUCCUCAGCUUCUCUUACUAUGCGGUUGUUCUUCUUUGUUUAGAUUAUUGCAGGAUGCGGGCAUGGCGGAUCUAACACACCUAUCCUGGUAAAAAAGGGAAAAGAUGCUAGAUUUCUAUGAAGAGGUGGUUCAAGAUGGGGGAGAGUUGUUCUGACCAGGCUUUUUAAAACCUUUUUAGGGGCAUUGUCAACGACACUUACAGGAUGGAUCUCAUUCUCAUUUAUGCUCCUUUUAAAAUCGCUCUGGCCUGCAUCUACAUUGCGACUGUGCUCAAGGAAAAAGACUCAACCUCAUGGUUUGAGGAGCUCAGAGUCGAUAUGAAUGAGGUAGAAGUGUUGGUAAUUAUUUAUUUAUCUAUUUAGGAUUUUUGGGUAUUCACUGGUUUGCUCACAUGGGUCGUCGUGUCUUCAGAUCAAGAAUAUUUCGAUGGAGAUAUUGGAAUUUUAUGAUGUUUAUAAACAGGUGAUCCCUGACGACAGGAUAAUUGCUGCUUUGAACAGAUUGACAUCAAAAGCCUAA